CUAGACACACGCAACUGAAAAUCCAAUACUUGGAUCAAGUAUAGUGCUAGCGUUUCAGUUUCGAUCUUUUGGGAGGAUGGACGACGGCAAGAUCCCGCUCGACGACUCGCCGUCCGAUGCGCUGCUCCGCCGGCGGUACCUGGCGCUGCUCAGCGGGCUUCCGAUCAUGGACAAGCGAGGUCGACAUCUCACGUGUCGGUACGAGCGGCUAAAGGAGCUCCAGCGCAUGGUUAUUGUGCACGGCCUGCCCAUGGAGUCGGACGACGAGGCCUCGGGCGUCGAGCCAUCGACGCUGCGCGGGCGCGUCUGGAAAGUGCUCCUCGGGCUCGACGACGAUGCGAGCGAGCGCAAGCAAAGCUACCGGCGCUUCGUCGCCUUGGGCCCGAGCAAGAACGACGACGACAUUCGCAACGAUACGUUCCGAACGUUCCGAGGCGACCCGAGCUUUGCGCGGCGCGUGCCCGAAGACACGCUCGUGCGCCUCCUCAACGCCUUCCUCCAAGAAUAUGGCGCGGUCAUGGACGACGGGCGUGACGAGGCCGACCAGCCGUACCGGUAUUUCCAAGGCCUCAACAUCCUCUGCGCGCCCUUUCUGUACGUGCUGCCCGAAGACGAUGCGUACAUGGCCUUUGCCGCGCUCGUGACGCAGCACUGUCCGCGGUACGUUGCGCCGCAGCUCGCAGGUGUCCAUGUCGCGUGCGGCCUCGUCGAUCGCUGCCUCCAGACGCUGGACUACAAGUUGUACAAACACUUGGUGACAAGAGGCAUUACGGCCAAGAUCUACGCCUACCCGAUCGUUCUUAGCUUCUUCGCGUGCAUCCCGCCGCUGCCUGAGCUCCUCCAUGUGUGGGACACGCUCUUGGCCAUGGGGGUGCAUUUCAUCGUGCUUCUCAGUGCAGCCCAUGUCAUCCUCCUUCGCACCGAGCUGCUGACGACCGAGACUCAUCUCAUGAACAAACUCAAUUUGCGCGAGUCGCCGCCGCUCAACGCCAAGCGCCUUGUGUACGUGGCGCUCCAGCUGCUGCAGCGCCUGCCUGAAGAGCUCUACUGCGAGAUCGCUCGACAUCCAUUCGAACGGCCCGACACGUUUGCAAGCAUUUGCCUGCCGCCCGCGACGUUGGACAUUGUGCUCGAGAAGGUCAAGCGCCGGAAAAAGUCAUCGGCCGUUCGGCGCGCGGGCGACGUCAAACCGCCGUGGAAGCUGUAGCUCGUACAUAAUAAUGCAGGUCUCUAUUCAUAGUAUUGGUCCAAGU